GAAGAUUCUUCUAUGGUGUCGAACGGCACACAUUUUUCCGAUCACCGACAAGAACACCGAAUCCCUUCGACCGUUUAUCCCCCAAGGUCCUCGGAACUCAACAAUCAUUCUACGACAACCCAAUCAUUUCUAUUUUUGUUCCGAAGAUCAAAUCUUAUCCACAAUCGAUCUUCUCCAGUCAAAGGUUUGUCAGGCGGUGUGAGUAAAUGGCGAUUGAUGAAAUAUUUGGAGACACUCCACCGGUGGUUUCCCCAACCAAAAGUGCACUUUACGUUUGGGGUUAUAACCAGUCUGGACAAACCGGUAGAAAAUGUGAAGACCAAAACCUAAGGAUCCCAAAACAGCUUCCGCCUGAUCUUUUUGGGUGUCCAGCCGGAGCCAAUUCACGUUGGUUAGAUGUGACUUGUGGACGAGAACAUACUGCAGCCGUCGCCUCUGAUGGCUCCCUCUUCACUUGGGGGGCAAAUGAGUUUGGUCAGUUGGGUGAUGGAACUGAAACGAGUAGAAAACAUCCUAAAAAAGUGAAGCUUUUGCAAAAUGAGUUUGUGGUAUCCGUGUCUUGUGGGGCCCAUUGUACUGCUGCUAUUGCAGAGCCACGUGAAAACGAUGGGACAAUCUCUUCUAGAAGACUUUGGGUUUGGGGACAAAAUCAGGGAUCUAAUUGUCCUCGUGUAUUCUGGGGAGCGUUUUCUCCUAAUACAAUUAUUCGUCAAGUGUCAUGUGGAGCUGUGCAUGUUGUGGCACUAUCAGAGGAAGGGCUGCUACAAGCUUGGGGCUACAAUGAAUAUGGUCAACUUGGAAGAGGUGUUACUUGUGAAGGCCUUCAAAAGGCACGUAUUAUAAACGCAUAUGCUAAGUUCCUUGAUGAAGCCCCUGAGCUUGUAAAGAUUACUCAAGUUUCAUGUGGAGAGUAUCACUCUGCAGCCAUAUCAGAAGAUGGAGAGGUCUACACAUGGGGGUUGGGAAGCAUGGGGCAACUUGGUCAUUAUUCUCUUCAAUCAGAGGACAAGGAGUUGAUACCACGGCGUGUGGUGGCACUUAAUGGGAUAUUUGUGAAGAGUGUAGCAUCAGGUGGUGUGCAUACGUGCGCUUUGACUUCAAAAGGAGGUCUAUACGCUUGGGGUGGUGGUCAAUCUGGUCAACUUGGGCUGGGCCCACAAAACGGAAUCUUUUCAUGCGACUCUGUAACCAUGUUUCGGAACAUUCCGGUUUUGGUCCUUCCAUUUGGUGUCAAACAGGUUGCUUGUGGACAUUCUCACACACUUAUCUGCACACAAGAUGGUAGAAUCCAUGGUUGGGGUUAUAACAGCUAUGGCCAAGCUGCUAACCAGAAAUGCACUUAUGCUUGGUAUCCAUCUCCAGUUGAUUGGUGUUUGGGGGAAGUAAGGAAGCUGGCAGCUGGUGGGGGCCACUCAGCUGUAUUAACAGACGCGUGUUCAUUGAAAGAGUUGUGUGAGUUUCAAAUUGCAGACUGUUUGACACCAUGGAAUGCUUCUAUGAUUGAAGAUGUUGCAUAUCGAACUGGUUCAGAUGCUUUGGUUCGUCUUUGUGAGAGGUUAAGGGAAGGUCACUCUGAUGGUGGAACUUGCAAAUGUUAAAAUUGCUUCUGUAAUCUGAAAUUCACAUGUUGGGAAACUUCAACAAUUGAUUGAUGAAUUCAGUAGUUGAUUUAUACAAAUGUGUGUUUAAGAACAGGUGGAAAUAUGUGUCAUGUUAAUGUUGUAGAACUGUUGUAUAUGUAAAUUAAGUGUUAAAACGGGGCUUGUUGCUGUCGAUGUAACUUGCAAGUCAUUAUUAUGUAGAUACAUACAAUAUAUGAUGAAACCAAAUAAUAGCAAACAAACAUCCAUAUUCAUGGUCA